AUGCGGCAUCUUCACCUGUACACCGUUGGCUGGAUUUGCGCUGUACAUACAGAGUACGUCGCUGCGCAGGCUUUUCUCGACGAACGACACGAAGAGCAUGAGGGGCUAUCAACACACGAUAGGAACGAUUACACGCUGGGCAGAAUCGGAAGACACAAUGUGGCGAUCGCCGUCUUGCCGUACGGAGAAAACGGCUUGGCAUCUGCCGCGGGCGUCGCAAGAGACAUGCUACACACAUUCCCCAACAUCAGGAUAGGCCUCAUGGUUGGAAUAGGCAGCGGCGCGCCCAGUCCAAAGCAUGACAUCCGCCUUGGCGACGUUGUGGUCGGCGUUUCUAGCAACGGGAGUGGCAGUGUUUUCCAAUACGACUACGGCGAAACUCUGCAGGGACAAGACCAAGGGUUUCGAAAUAUGGCGUCCUUGAAUAAGUCACCGCAGGUUCUGCUCGCAGCUGUGAAUGGACUCAUGGCACAAUAUGAAUACGAGGGGAACCGGCUUGCCAAAGCUGUCAACAGCGUACUUGAUGGAAAGCCCAGAUUACGCAGGAAAUACGGACGGCCUGCAGCGACCUCUGAUAGGCUAUACAAGUCACAUUUCGUUCAUCCAUUAGGCAACGCCGAAAGAUGUGCCGCUGUUUGCGGUGACGAUCCGUUGAAUCUCAUUCAUCGACUUGAACGGACCGACGAUGAUGAAGAUCCAGAAAUCCACUAUGGUCUAAUCGCCUCAGCGAACCGGCUGAUGGAGGACGCCUUAGUCCGGGAUAGACUUAUUGCCGAAAAAGAUGUUCUUUGCUUUGAAAUGGAGGCCGCAGGACUUAUGAAUCACUUUCCUUGCCUCAUUAUCCGUGGCAUCUGCGACUAUGCCGACUCGCACAGGAACGAUCAAUGGCAGGGCUAUGCGGCUAUGACUGCCACAGCCUAUGCGAAAGCUCUUCUCUGUCGAAUAGCUCCAAACAAAUUGGAAGCUGAAAAGACAAUUAAAGACAGCCUGUCAGAUCUUAUGGGUAUUUCAGCGCAGAAUUUAGCCGCCGCCAAGGAGAAUGUGCAAAUACAAAAAGACUUUGCCAAAGAGCGGCUGACUGAAAGUGAGCAAAUGUGUCACCAGCUGUUCCGUCUCACAGCUAGUGACAAGGACGCUACCUAUGAGUGGUAUAAAGAUUUAGUGGAAGAAAGGGUGGAAGGCACAUGCCUGUGGCUUCUCCAUCACAAGUAUUUCCAAAAAUGGCUGCAACGAGAUUCCGGACCAUUAGUGAUAACUGCAGAUCCUGGCUGUGGGAAAUCGGUAUUAGCCAAGUACUUGAUAGACCACGGCUUACCAAGAUCCGUCACAAUUUGCUAUUUCUUCUUCAAAGAUCAAGAUCAAAACACCAUUCGGCAAACUCUUUGCGCGCUACUCCAUCAGCUCUUCACUCAGAAACCGGUAUUAAUUAAACAUGCAAUGGCGAAAUUUCGCAUGGACGGAAAGGGCUUGAUCAACUCAACAGAGUCACUCUGGGAAGUCUUCCGAAACGCCGUUAAUGAUAUACAGACUGGGCCUAUUAUUAUAGUCCUCGAUGCGUUGGAUGAAUGUCUCGAUUCGGAAUUCGAGAAUCUGAUGAAGAAUAUUGAGAUUCAAUUCUCAGAAACACGUUUGGCCCAGGGCAAGCUGAAGUAUCUUCUGACAUGCCGCCCAUACGAUCAAAUCGUUUCCAGAUUUCAAUACUUAAGGGAUCAUUUUCCAAAUAUCCAUAUACCAGGAGAGGAGGAAUUGGACACCAUUAGUCACGAGAUUAAUUGUGUUAUCUCCUACCGGGCCAGACGGUUAUCUAUAAAGAACAACCUGCCGUCUGAAAUUAAAAACUAUCUGGAGUUCAGGUUAGGGAACACCCCUAACCGUACUUAUCUCUGGGUGUUUUUAAUAUUCGAUUACUUGGACAAAGAAAUUUUCAAAAAGACUCUGAAAGAAGUUAAACUUAUCAUCACAACGCUUCCGAAAAGUAUUAAUGAAGCAUAUGAGCAAAUACUUAGCAAGUCUAAAGACCACCCGAUGGUUCGAAAGGCUCUAUGUAUUAUCUUGGUGGCUAGCCGGCCACUGACGGUAUCAGAAAUGAACGUGGCUGUGAGCAUGGAUGAGACUAUACAAAACUUCAAUGAUCUUGACUUAGAGCAAGAGCAAUCUUUUGAAUCACGCCUAAGAACCUGGUGCGGAUUGUUCAUUACAAUAUACCAUGGAAAGAUCUAUUUUCUUCAUCAGACGGCCCGUGAUUUUCUUCUGGCAGAUUGGGCAUCGCCUAGAUCCAUCACACCUGGUUUACGAUGGAAACACUCAAUCGCAAUUCGCGAGGCACAAACUGUUCUUGCAGAUAUCUGCGUGCUCUACCUUGGCCUAUUCAACUCGCCAGAUGUCAUGGGGGAGCGCGAGCAACCACAUGGCAAGCAUGCACUCUUAGAGUAUUCGGCAAAAAAUUGGAACGCGCAUCUUCGUGAAUCUCACAUUAUGAAUGAUAGUGCGAUUCUGCUUUCCGUUCUCAAGAUAUGUGACGCGAAUUCGGAGAGUUAUUCCUCGUGGUUUGACCUCUUUUGGCAGACCACAGGUCUACAAUCUACCAAGCACUUUACCAAUCUCAUGAUAGCCUCUUAUUGUGGCCAUACUGCUGUUGCCAAGCUGUGUCUAGAAAACGGGGCUGGCAUUGAGGCGAGAGAUACUGUUCAUACUCGGACACCGCUGUUAUGGGCCGCCACUGAGGGGCGAGACGACGUCGUUAAGCUACUGCUUGAGAAGGGAGCUGACGUUGAUGCAAAUGAACAUGGCCGCACGCCGUUGCUAUGGGCCGCUAAACAGGGACACGACGCUACUGUUAAGCUCCUGCUUGAAGCCAACGCGGAUACUGAGGCAAAAGACACGUACGGCGAAACACCCCUAUUAUGGGCUGCUAAAUCUGGACAUGAAGCUGUUGUUGAACUAUUGCUUGAGAAAAACCCCGAAAUUGAGACAAUAGAUGCCACGUUUGGCCAGACACCGCUAAUGUGGGCAACCGAGAAGGGGCAUGAUGCCGUUGUAAAACUACUUAUUGAUAACGGAGCCAAUAUCGAGGCAAAAGAGAAUAUAUACGGCCGGACGGCAGUAUUACUAGCCAUUGGAAAUGGCCGUGAUACCACUCUGGAGCUGCUAAUUCAGAAUGGAGCUAAUCUUGAGGUGCCAAGCAAACGUGGCUGGACACCACUAACAUGGGCUGCAGCACAAAGGCACACAUCUAUUGUUAAGUGUUUGCUUGAGCACACGAAAACUGAAAAGACAAUAAGUCAGACGGCACUAUUGACAUUUUUCAACAGAAGAGACGAAUUUGCCGUCAACUUUCUGAUAAAAGAAGGAGUCAAUGUGAAUUGGAGAGGUGCCAAUGGUCAGACGCCACUAUUGCUUGCUGUUCAGUGGGGUAAACUGUCGAUUGUUCAACAACUAUUGAGCGCAGGGGCUGAUGUGAAUGAGGAUAAUAAUGGUCAGACGCCACUCAUAUCAGCUAUAGAGAAGCGGUAUGAUGAUAUCGCCAACUUUCUGAUAAAAGAAGGAGCCAAUGUGAAUUGGAGAGGUGCCAAUGGUCAGACGCCAUUAUUACUUGCUAUUCAGUUGGAUAGAGUGUCAAUUGUUAAGCAACUAUUGAGCGCAGGGGCUGAUGUGAACGAGGGUAAUAUUGGCCUGACGCCGCUUAUAUUGGCUAUACAAAAGAGUCAUAAUGACAUUCCAAUGAGAUUGGUUAUAAGCAGGCGGCAACAUACUCCCCAGAAUCGACCACAGCUUGGUUCUUAUUUGAACAACAACGGCACCAAUGGUAAGAGACCAAUAUAUCUUCCCACAAUCUUUGGUAAGGUGUCGGCUCUUGAGCACCUGAUGACUUCAGAGGUUGAUGUGAACGAUGAUGAUAAUUCCGGCCGUACACCACUCAUGUGGACUAUCAUCCGGCGUUACAAACGGACCUUCGCUACAUUACUCGAUAGAGGAGCUGACCCGAACAAGUGUGACAAAAAGGGUCAGACACCGCUCAUAUUGACUAUCAUAAGAAACCGCGGAUGGGCUUUCGAUACACUAUUAGAUCAGGGAGCUAACUUGAACAAGUGUGAUGAAAAGGGACGGACACCACUUAUAUGGGCUGUUAAAUGGGGGCAUGAAAGCAUGGUUGAGAAACUAUUGAACCGGGGAGCCGAUACAGCUAUAUGUGAUACAAAGGAGCGGACACCACUCAUAUGGGCUGUUAAAGGGGGGCACGAAGGUAUCGUUCAGCUGUUGACAACCGCAAUCGGGGCAAUGAGCGAUUUGAAUAUCGGCACAUUUGAAGAGAUUAACAAGGAUUCUUGA